UCCAUUAUAGGGCAGGACAGCUAGCAUUUGCAUUUAGACUGAGAGAGAGGGCGAGAGGUAAGGGAGAGACAGAGGGAGGCGGAGGGAGCAUAUGACACAAAGGAGAGAAGGAGAGAAGGAGGGAGGAAUAGAUCAGAGCUGUAGAGGGAGAGGGAGGGAGUGGGAGGCUGCAGAUAUCGAUGGCAUUAACAAUGGAGCGUUAGGAUCCAGGGAGCUGGACAAGAGCGAGGUGGCAACUCUAGGCCUACCCUCCACCACCAGCCAUGGAGGCUCUGACAGUAACAUCAGUGCGGACGGGGCGGCAGCAGCAGCAUCUGGGGUCAUGGCCUGCGGAGGCGCAGAGGGUAUCGGGGUUGGCGAGCCUCAGCGUACGCGUGCUGCUUUGGAGCAUCUGCAGCAGAAGAUCCUGAAGGUCACCGAACAGAUCCGUGUGGAGCAGGAGGCCCGUGACGAUAACGUUGCAGAAUACCUGAAGUUGGCCCACAACGCAGACAAACAGCAGGCGUCCAGGAUCAAGCAGGUGUUCGAGAAGAAGAACCAGAAGUCAGCACAGACCAUCGCACACUUGCACAAGAAACUAGAGCACUAUCACAAGAAGCUAAAGGAGAUAGAACAGAAUGGACCGGCCCGGCAGCCUAAGGAUGUCCUGCGGGACAUGCAGCAGGGAUUAAAGGACGUUGGGGCCAACGUUCGUGCUGGGAUAAGUGGUUUCGGAGGUGGAGUAGUUGAAGGAGUCAAAGGCGGAGUAUCUGCCCUCACUCACACAGCUGUGGUCUCCAAGCCAAGAGAGUUUGCCAGUCUUAUCAGGAACAAAUUUGGCAGCGCAGAUAACAUUGCUCAUCUAAAAGACUCACUCGAGGACGGAGUCGGGGGCCAUUCUGAGGACACCCCGACACCUCGUGCACUGAGUGGAAGUGCCACUCUAGUAUCCAGCCCAAAGUACGGCAGCGACGACGAGUGCUCCAGCGCCACGUCGGGCUCCGGAGCAGGCAGUAAUUCUGGUGGGGCGGGUGGAGGAGGGGGACUGUUAGGACCAACCAUGGGGAGCCCCAGACUGGAUGGGCACCAUCACCACCACCAUCACAUGCACAGCUCCUGGGACUCUCUACUUGAGGGCCUGCAGGAGAUCAAAGCCAGCCAGGCGCACAUGGAGGAUGCCAUCGAGGACAUGAAGGGCCAGCUGCAGAGUGACUACUCCUACAUGACACAGUGCCUGCAAGAAGAGAGAUACAGGUAUGAACGACUUGAAGAACAGCUGAAUGACCUAACAGAGCUGCACCAGAAUGAGAUGACUAACCUUAAACAGGAACUCGCCAGCAUGGAGGAAAAAGUUGCCUACCAGUCCUACGAGAGAGCAAGAGACAUUCAGGAGGCCGUGGAGUCGUGCCUGACCCGCAUCACCAAGCUGGAGCUGCAGCAGCAACAGCAGCAGGUCGUCCAGUUGGAGGGAGUGGAGAACGCCAAUGCUCGAGCUCUGCUGGGUAAACUCAUCAACGUCAUCCUGGCGCUCAUGGCCGUGCUGCUGGUCUUCGUCUCAACCUUGGCCAACUUCAUCACCCCGCUGAUGAAGACCCGAGCCCGGGUGGCUGCCACCGUCUUGCUGACCUUGCUGCUGUUCAUCCUGUGGAAGCAGUGGGACUUUGUGGAGCCGUGGCUGCUGCCCAGCUGAGCUCCCUGAGAGAGACGGCAGCGGAGGCCAGAGCAGGGAGUCACAAACUCAUCACCACAGAAGGAUUGAAGGACUGAAAUAGAACGAGGGCCACUGCACUUGUUGCCUGUGAGAGUGAAGGAGGAGCAAUCUGAGGACAAAACAUGGCACUUUUAAAUGAGGAUGGACAGGAUCCAGCCUGCAGGGUGUGGAGAGGUGUUUACAAUGAAAGAACAGAAAUUCUCUGCUUGCCAAGUGACAAAAGACAUCAUCUCAUCUCGCCCAAAUCUACUGGUGUUGAUGAUCAAUCAUCGGUUGCAUUGCUGUCACCAAAAACUGAGUUUCUUGCAAGAAAUCUUUGGAUCGUCUUUUUCUAAUUAUUUAUGAUACAUGAAAACUUAAUAACGACUUUAAAAUGCUGACCAUGUUCGCCGUAACCUUCAUGUUGAAGCUAUAGAAUAUUUGAGAGGAUAAAGGUUUUUUUCCAUGAAUGUUAUGUGCUCAUGCAUGUCCUCAUAUGUGCACUAAGAUGCAUCUAGCUGGCAUGAGUUACCAUUUCAUUAAUGACUAGAUGAAUCUUCUAUAACUGCCGUUUUGUUGUCAGAAAUAACAGUGCAGGUAUGUUGUAUCUCGGCUCAGUGUCACUCCUGGUUUGUUUCACAUCCUGUUCUGGUGUUGAAGCAGUGCUUUUAGACGCAUUUCUCUCUUUUUGUCUUUUUCUUGAAGUCGAAUGAACUGUUUAACAAAAAAAAAAAAAGCUGAUAUCUGCGACAGAUUCACCAUAAUAAUUCAACAAUGUAAAAUUUGUUCUGUCCAUAAAUGCUCUUUCAUAACCACUAUUGUAGAACUGCUACUAUCCACAGUGUCAAAUUAACUGGCAUGUCAAAUUGUAUCAAAGUUUAUAUCCAGUUUGCAAAAAACAAUUAUUGCUGUUUUAUUAAACACUGUAAGAAAUAAAUGAUUUCAUAUAUUAGGCUGACCUUGAA